AUGUUGAUAACUGUAUAUUUAGGUAUUGGAAAUUUAUUCUGAGACAAACCAAUAGUUUUGUGUGAAGCUACAGCUAAGGUAUAAAUGCAGAUGGGAAAAGGCAAUAAACCAUUGCAUUUUAUGGAUACAGGAACGCUAAGAAGGAAUCAUUUACAAGAUAGUGUGAUAAAAGGAAAUGUGUAACCAUACUUCAAAUAUUACAGACAGUGUAAAUUGUGUAACAAGUCCGGCAGGAGCAACAAUUGUAUCACCGUUAUUGAUGUCCUUAACUGGUGUUCUAGGAAAUAUAUUAGCCCUCUUAAGUUUGUACAAGGCACGGACAGACGUACGAACAACAAAGUUUUAUAGUUUUAUCAAAGGUUUAGCCUGGACAGAUCUCCUUGGAAUAGUUAUGACAACACCUUCUGUUCUUAUUGCUUAUGUAAGCCAACGUAAAUGGAUGGGAGGAGACGCUCACUGUCGUUUCCAUGGUUUUACAAUGGCGGCAUUUGGACUUGCGACACCGCUGAUAAUUUGUGCCAUGGCAAUUGAACGGUUUCUUGCGUUACGAUAUGUAUUUUUCUACUCUAGUCGUUGUCGCACGAGUACAGCACGAGUUUGUAUUCUUAUUCUUUGGUUUGGAACGAUAUUGUACGGACUUUUACCUUUAUUUGGCUUUGGAAAGUAUGAGAAACAAUAUCCUGGAACAUGGUGCUACCUAGACUUCCAUUCUCAUAACAUAACAUCUAAGAUAUAUGGGUAUAUAUAUGCAUGUACAAAUUUGAUAUUGAUCCUUGUGAUUAUAUUAUGCAAUGCAUAUGCUGUUGUUGCAAUAUUCAGAACGAGGCUAAGGCGAGCCAGCGAACGGGUAUAUUCCUUAAAUACCUCUCUACAAGACCACGAUGGACUUAUGAAAGCGAGAAACCAGCGGAAAAGGUCAAAUGAUGCCGAGAUUCAGAUGAUUGUAUUGUUAUGUGCCUUGACAGUCGUAUUCACUAUUUGCUGGGCACCAUUAAUGAUAAGAAUCAUUGUUACUCAGGCAACGGGUAUAGAGAACAAGUUAUUAGAUCUCACCGCUGUCCGACUAGCCAGCUUGAACCAGACGCUUGACCCAUGGUUAUAUAUCCUGUUAAGAAGAUCAACUUUUAUAAAGAUUGCGAGAGGUUUCAAAAGAAUUAAAAUAAGAUAUUUAAAGGUGAUAGAGGAGAUUCAUAUGGAGCAUAUAGAUGAAGAAGAAGGUAGAAAAGUUGAAAAUGAAUGUUCAAUAAUUAAAAGACAGUGUGUUUUGGCUUGCAGUGGUGUUAUAGGACAAAAUGAUCAGAAUUUAAGAUGUAAAUCUCCGUCCCUUGCCAUAGGAAAUGAUGUAGACUUUGAUAAUCAACCCAUAAUAGACUUAUCAAAAACACAACCCAACAAAGAUUCUAACAGUGUUUGCCGGUUGGAGUUAGGCAAGGUUGAUGCACCAAAAGAAGAACAAUUGUUACCAAAGCAAAUCUACUAUGACGAUAAUCACGUGUGUAAUAGUCGAAAUAAUCCAAAUGUAGAAAACACAAUAAUAUGUAAUGAUAAAGGAAGUAAACCUGCCGUUGACAACCAAAAACUUUCAGUUUCAAAUCUUGACAAUAUAACUGUAACAGAUUGGAAUGACAUAAAAAAUCAGUCUGGAAGCUCGGAAACUAAAGAAACUACUCUAUCUAAAGAACUUGUUGCAACGUUUUAUUCGGAUGUGACAAAGUUAUCAGUCAGCUCAAAGUAUACUCACGAAAGAUUGAGGAAAACAAAAUCAAGUGAAGAAUAGAAAGGAGUGAUGUUUUAAAAAUGGAUUUGAAAUAAAAUUCGUCGUGUAUAGAUAAACUUAAUGCUACAGAAAGCACAACAUUUCUAUGCUUCGUAUCAUUUUUACGGCAAUUUAGUUUAAUUUGAAAUGGUGAAAACACUUUCAAGUGUAACUGAGCAUAUUUACAGUAUGAUCUAAAAUACUUGUUCCGGCAAUGAAGACAUUUAAUGAAAGAUAGCAGUUUUACAAUAAGCGUACAUCAUAGUUUAAUCUUAAUUCUAUUGACUUACAUGUUGAAACAAAAUAAUUUCUUCCAUUCUUUUGACAACACUUAUUCAACCGGAUAGACCUUAUUGUAGCUAAAUAAAUAAAUAAAAACAAG